UGCCCAGGGCAGUGGGCAUGGCCCCGAGUGCCGGAGUUCAGGGAGCGUUUGGGCAGCGCUCUCAGACACUGGGUUUGGAUUUGGGGUGGUCCUGUGAGGAGCUGGGAGUUGAACUCAGUGAUCCCUCUGGGUCCCUGCCUACUCUUGGGAUAUUCUAUGAUUCUAUCACAGCAGGGUUUCUUUUGUACUUUUGUUGUUUGCGUUUUGCUUGUCUGCUCAGCAAGCUCUGCCCUCUCUUUCAGUACAACGGCGUCUGCCUGCAGGGCCCCAGCGGCGUCCCCGGGCGGGACGGGAGCCCUGGAACCAACGGGAUCCCGGGGACACCGGGAAUCCCGGGGCGGGACGGGCCCAAAGGAGAAAAGGGUGAGUGCAUGCGGGAGAGCAUUGAGGAGUCCUGGACGCCCAACUUCAAGCAGUGCUCGUGGAGUGCGCUGAACUACGGCAUAGACCUGGGGAAAAUAGCGGAAUGUACGUUCACAAAGAUGCGCUCCAACAGUGCUCUCAGAGUCCUUUUCAGUGGAUCGCUCCGACUGAAGUGCCGAAGUGCCUGUUGUCAGCGCUGGUACUUCACUUUCAAUGGAGCAGAAUGCGCCGGGCCGCUUCCCAUCGAAGCCAUAAUAUAUUUAGAUCAAGGCAGUCCAGAGCUGAAUUCUACUAUCAACAUACACCGAACCUCCUCAGUGGAAGGUCUGUGUGAAGGGAUCAACGCCGGCUUGGUGGACAUUGCCAUUUGGGUUGGGACUUGCUCCGACUACCCCAGGGGAGAUGCUUCUACUGGAUGGAAUUCAGUCUCCCGUAUCAUCAUUGAAGAACUGCCGAAAUAAGUCUCCCUCCUUUUUUAUAAUCCCUAUUUUUAUUUUGUACAAUUUUCUACAAAAGUUAUUUAGAGUUGGAUGCAGAUUUUUGUCUAAAAGGCAGCGAACUCUGCACCUGUAGUGUUUGUCUAACCUUUUUUUUGCACAUUGCAGAGGCUUUUAAGAAUAAUCAUUUUAGAAUAUAAGAACCAACUUCAUUAACGUUUCAUAUCCCUUUUUGAUAUAUGAAAAUAUACCACCACCAUUUUUAAGAGUUAAGUGUAAUUUUUUGUAUCAAAUAAAGAAGACCUUUUCCAUAAAAAUAA